GCGGACAGAGGUUUUGGGUUUGGCAAGCGUCAUGAAAAAUGACAGACACAAAUUCGCCAGUUUUGGAAAAGAAAGAUUCAGUAUUAAGAAUGCCACAGGCUGGAAGAGGUCGCGGAAUGACUGUCGGACAAGGAGAAGCACUGCGCAGGCCGGGACCAGUCAAUAGUGGUGGUGAUGCUAGCAGAGCCAAGACCAUAGUAGAAAGCAUCUUGAAAAUCAAAUCACCAGAUGAUCUACAACUCCAAGAUCUUGCUUCUGAGAUUAAAUCUACCAUGAAUGAUGAAGAGGAGCUAAAAUGGUUUGUGGAGGAAUUAUGCACCCAAGGUCUCAGCGAGCGCAACUGUGCACCUGUUGCAGCGAAAUUAUUUGGCUUAAUUGCCCAACACCAUGCAGGGGAGAGCAAAAUUAGGACCUUGUUGCUGAGACGUGUCCAGAGUGAAUAUGCAAAAAAAGAUGACUUAGCAGUCUCAGAUUGGUCGCACUUUGUAACCUCUGCGCUGUUCCUUGGCGAGGUCUUCUACCAUGUGAAGUCAGAGCAGAAUACUCCUUUUAAAGUCUUGGCAGCACCCGUCCUCAAGUAUCUAGAGAUGAUAAUUGAGCCCAAUUUGAAUAAAGAUGACAACAAAAAUAUUGAUGAUGAUAUGAUUGUUGUUUCCAGACAGAUACUGUUGAAUGGUGCUGUUCUCCAUGAAGCAGUGCCAAGUGGUGUCUUAGAAGUAGUACAGAGUGUAACCAAGAUACUGUGCCUGUGUCAGCUGAACACAGCCACGCGAUUGAAUCUACUAGCUGCUCUUGCUGAAAUGUGGCCGAUCCUCGACACUAAUAAUGAUAUUCGUACUCAGCACGCAUUACUAGCUACAAGCAUUGGUGUCUCAUUGGAUAUUUAGUUAGUACAUGUCGUGUUAUUUUUGCUAUCUCUUUCAUAAUGAGUCUGCACUGUUCAUUUUAUGAAGAGAGAUGGCUUUAAUUCUCAGUAAUAAAUACAUUGUUAUCAUGCUACUCAUCUGAUUAGUAUGGGAAAAUGUUAUACAAAAAAUUACAUUACCUUUUUUAUGUUAAGAUUAAUUGAAGACCAUUUUGUCUUGAAACCACACGUCAUUCCUCAUUUUCUCAUAUUGUCAUCUGUUUACUAGGAUGUUGUGGAUUCAGUUUAUAUUAAAAUGACAAUAGAUCACAGUUUUUAUGCAAAUGCGUGAGUGAAGUAUUUUCGGCUGUUCUGUUAUGCUAUUUUACAUUUCUGAAAAUCAAAGAAAAGGGGGUCAUACCAAAGUUAGUGUUCAUGCUUCUAGUCGAUAAUGAAAACCAAACAAACUAGUGAAAAGGUAGUAGGAUGAAUAUAUAAUAGACCUUAUGCCAAGUUUUCUUCCAUUUUGUGAUCUGCAUUCUAAUUCAAGGAGAAAUUCUUGAUUGCUAUAAUUUUCACCAUGACACACUUGAGAUUACUUGUUUCUCCUUUUCAUCUGUCGGGUUUAUAUAGCCUUAUAAAAGUAAUUAAAUAUACAUAUAUAUUUUUUGUAUGUAUUUUUCUUUAGGGUAAUUAGAGUGUUUAUAUUUUAUGCUUAUUCAGAUCUGAAUAUUACGAUUAAGGAGUGAGCAGCUUUUUUCCCCAAAUAAAACAUGUUUUAUAAAUGUAUAAUUGUUUUGUGGCUUGAUUAGCAGAAUCAUACUAAAUGAUGGUAAAAAAAAAAGCUUAGGUUUUGUUGUUAACAGUUUAUUGUUUUUGUUUUUUAUGUUCCCUUGUCUUUUCAUAUGGUUCUGCUGAUACAAACAGAGAGAUGAAAAAUCGUCCUGGAUUAGGCAGUGUUGAAGAUUGGCAAGUAGGGUUUUAGGCGAUGCUGUUUCUCUUUUUAUGAACAUUUAUUCACAAAUGAUUGAUUUGGUAGACAAGUUUUUUUUCUCUCUUUUUUCCUUCUUUUCUUUUCACAAUUGAAUAUAACUGUAAGUGAUCUUUUUAGGCAUAACAGAACCUUAAACAGAAAGGAAGUAUACACUGAUAAAAGUAUCUUAGAUUGGUAAGAAGGGAAAGAUAAAAUAAUCAUCAGAUGAGAGAUGGUUUAUUAUUUUUGUAUGUUGUGAAAUAGGAUAGUUUUCUUCAUCAUCUUCUCCUCCUUUUUCUUUUUACUUUUUUUUUUAUUUUUAUAAAAGGCUACAAAAUAGGAAAGUAAAUAUAUAUUUUUUUUUCUAUUAGGCUAAAUCAGAAAGAAAGCACUCUAAUCGUAAAGAACAUACAGUUAUGUCACUAUACAAGGACUUCAUGUGUUCCUCUAAGAAAUGCGAGAUUUUUUUGUUUUGAUUUUGGCAAUUUUAUUCCAUUGUAGAAUUUCUGUGUUCGAUAUUCAUGGGUGGCUACUCUUUUGUGCUUUAUUUAUGACUCACAAUAAGGAAGAAAAAAAAACAAACAUUGUGAUAAAGUAAGACCAUUUAUAUAAUCCUUGUAUAUAUCUGCAGGACUUCUACAUUUUAUAUAAUUGGCACAAGAAUUGGCAACUGACAAAUGUUUAUUAUUGUUAUUAUUAUUAUUAUUAUUAUUAUUAUUAUUAUUAU